AUGGCGCUGCGGAUCGUGAGCGCCGCGCUGUUGUUUGUUGGGAGCGUUCCCUUAUACUGGGAGCAGCACUCACUCUCUGACAGGACUCGGCUUGGCUCCUCUUGGGCAGCGGCUGGUGGCCUGGAGCCUGCCGAGGCUGCACGUGGGCGGCUCAGGGGGCACAGGGCAUCCCCGAAGGCCCAGUCUGAUGCAAAGGAUUGUGGAACAGCACCUCUUAGGGAUAUGUUGAAAGGGUCUCGGAUUGUGGGAGGCACAGAAGCUGAAGCUGGCAUGUGGCCAUGGAUAGUUAGCCUGCAGCUUAAGUAUGGCCGUCUUCUUGCUCAUAUAUGUGGGGGAAGCCUAGUGAGAGACAGAUGGGUCAUCACGGCUGCCCACUGCACCAAAGACAUGAGAGAUCCUUUAAAGUGGAGAGCUGUGAUUGGAACUAAUAAUAUAUAUAGGAUCCACCCACAUGGCAGGAGGAUAAAAGUUAAAGCAAUCACUAUCCAUCCAGACUUCAUUUUGGAAACUUAUGUAAAUGACAUUGCUCUUUUCCAUUUAAACAAAGCAGUGAAGUAUAAUGACUAUAUUCAGCCUAUCUGUCUACCUUUUGAUGUUUUCCAAGAACUGGACCAAAAUACAAAAUGUUUUAUAAGUGGCUGGGGAAGAACACAAGAAGAAGGCAAUGGCACAAUCCUCUUACAAGAAGCAGAAGUACAUUAUAUUUCUCAACAGAGUUGUAAUUCUGAGGGGAGUUAUGGGGGAGUAAUUCCUGACACUUCAUUUUGUGCAGGUGAUGAAAAUGGAAACUUUGAUACUUGCAGGGGUGAUAGUGGCGGACCAUUAAUGUGCUACUUACCAAAAUAUAAAAAAUUUUUUAUGAUGGGAAUUACUAGUUAUGGAAAUGGCUGUGGUCGAAGAAAUUUUCCUGGUGUCUAUAUUGCGCCAUCCUUCUACCAAAAGUGGCUGACAGAUCAUUUCUCUCGGGCAAGCUCUAAGGGAAUAUUUAAUAUAAAUAUUUUACUUGGACAUACCCUCAUAGCUUUAGUUUGUGUCAUCCUACUAGCAACGUCAUGA